AAUCACCUGCACCCACUUGUGUGUCCAUGAAGAGUGACCGGUCAAAUGAUCGCCCCAUCAACUUUCAAAAUGAAGAUGUUCCAGAUGCAUCAAGGCAAGUCCAUUAAACAGACUCAUGUCAAGGGUAUGCUAGGAAGGGUAUGUUAGGAAGUCAACAAAAAUUGAAUUUAAAGUGUCACAACCAGAUAUUUGGUCAAGAAACAAAGAAACUCGUAGAGAAUUCUAAGUGGCUCAUUGGUGUGCUCAUGGGUGCUUUUAUUAAUGCAAAAGAUGUGAAGUAUAUAAUUUGCAAUGACAUCAGACUAAAAACCCCAAAAGAUCAACUUCCAAAUGAUUUCUGAAAUAAUUACAACAUAGAACAGACAGAACAAGUGCAGAUCCAGAAUCCUACAGACACGGAAAAAACAUCUAGAGACAUUUAACAUCAUACGCUACUGAAAGGCACAUGAUGCAGGUUUCAUACGCUACUGAAUAGCACUUGAUGAUGCAGGUUUCAUACACUACUGAAAGGCAGGUGAUGCAGGUUUUGUCUUUUGUUUUCUUAAGCUACUCGGUCUAUUCCUGUUUCCCUCUGUUUCACGAGGUUUCUGAUGUAGGCUGGAAAUAUAAGACCAGCUUUUACAGCACAAUGUUGCCAAAGUACAGUAGCCGAGUAGUUUCUAUCAGGGUCAACUGUGCUUUUGUUGAUGUUUAAAGGUUAGCUCCCUAGUUAAAGACAAUACUCUUCACUUUGAUUUUUCAUCCCCAGAAGCAAGAUGGAGGAAUGUAAACCAGAUGCUGUCAGUGACCAGUUCACCCAGAGUCAACAUGGGGAUCUGAAGCACAUAUUCCAGGUGUUAGAGGAGAAGAUCUUAACCUUUGUGAAGAAUGAGCUGAAAAGAUUCAAGAGGAUGCUGAGUCCAGAUUACCAAGAGAACUUUGAGAGUAAAGAGGAGGAUGAGAGUGAAGCCAGAGAAGGGGCUCUGAAGAUGGCACUGCACUUCCUUAGGAAUAUGAAGCUGAAAGAUCUCGCUGACAAACUGCAAGAAAAUGAGCUGGACGUAGUUUGUCAAACUGAGCUGAAAAGAAAUCUCAAGAACAAGUACAAGAGUCUUUGUGAAGGAAUACGUAAGCAAGGAAGCUCUGCUCUUCUAGAAAAGAUCUACACAGAGGUCUACAUCACAGAGGGAGGAAGUGGAAAAGUAAAUGAAGAGCAUGAAGUCAGACAGAUUGAGUCAAGAUCCAAGAGACCAGCUGGACAGGAGACAUCAAUCAGAUGCAGUGACAUCUUUAAACCCUUACCUGGCCAAGACAAACCAAUCAGAAGUGUUGUCACAAAAGGAGUUGCUGGCAUUGGUAAAACUGUCUCAGUUCAGAAGUUCAUCCUGGACUGGGCAGAGGGAAAAGAAAACCAGGAUAUCCACUUCAUAUUUCCACUGCUUUUUCGAGAGCUGAACCUCAUGAGAGAAAAACAGCUCUCUUUGAUGGAUCUCCUCCACCACUUCUUCACAGAAAUAAAGCAGUUAACCUCUCUCAGCCAAGGGAAGUACAAAGCGUUGUUAAUCUGCGAUGGUCUGGAUGAAUGUCGACACCAACUAGACUUUCAGAAAAAUCAAAGUUUGACUGAUGUGACAGAGGUCACCUCAUUGGACGUACUCCUGACAAAUGUCAUCAAGGGUAAUCUACUCCCUUCUGCUUUACUUUGGAUUACCUCUCGACCAGCCGCAGCCAAUCAAAUCCCGCCUGAUUGUGUUGACCGGGUCACAGAGGUACAAGGGUUCAAUGACCCACAGAAGGAGGAGUACUUCAGGAAGAGGAUCAGUGAUCAGAAUCUUGCCAGCGAAGUCAUCUCUCACAUCAAAUUAUCAAGGAGCCUCCACAUAAUGUGCCACAUACCAGUGUUCUGCUGGAUUGCUGCUACUGUUCUUGGGGUAAUUCUUGGCUCUUCAGGAGGUGGACAGAUUCCAAAGACUUUGACAGAGAUGUACACAUAUUUCCUUAUUUUUCAAACCAAACAGAGCAACCUAAAGUUUGAAAAUGUGCAGAACCUUGAUCCACAGUGGAACGAAGAAGUUAUCCUUGGUCUUGGAAAGUUGGCAUAUGAACAGUUAGAGAAGGGUAAUCUGAUUUUUUAUGAAGAAGACUUAAAAGAGUCUGGCAUUGAUGUCAGAGAGGCAGCAGUAUGCUCUGGCAUCUGCACCCAGAUCUUUCGAGAAGAAUCAGAGCUUUAUCAAGAUAAAGUGUUCUGCUUCGUGCAUUUAAGUGUCCAGGAGUAUCUUGCAGCUUUGUAUGUGUUUCUGAUUAUGGAAAUGGGAAGGAAUGACAUAAUAUCCAGACACCAAGCUCCUGGAAUAUUCAUUCAGCCCAUGAUCAUCUUACAGAAGAGUGCUGUGGACAAAGCUUUGGAGCAUGAAGAUGGACGCUUUGACCUAUUCCUCCGUUUCCUUCUUGGCCUCUCUCUGGAGUCUAACCAGACUCUCCUGCAUGGCCUAAUACAGAGAGGACAAAAUCAGAUGGGCAAUGAAGAAACAAUCAGUUACAUUAAGGAAAAGAUCAGGGAGGGGUCUUCAUCAGAAAGGGUCAUCAACCUCUUCCACUGUCUGCAUGAACUCAAUGAUCACUCCUUAGUGGAAGAGGUCCAGAGGUUGCUGAGUGCUGGGACACUUUCUGGAGCUGAACUCUCACCUGCCCAGUGGUCAGCUCUAGUGUUUGUGCUGCUGACAUCAGAACAGAAGCUGGAUGAGUUUGACUUGAAGAAGUACAUCAGAUCUGAUGAAGGUCUCCUAAGGCUGCAGCCAGUAGUGGAGGAAUCUCAAAAGGCUCAGCUCAAUAGCUGUGGGCUCACUGAAAGGAGCUGUACAGCACUGGCAUGUAUCCUUAGCAAACCAUCUUCAAAACUGAAAAAUGUGGAUCUCAGUGACAACAGUUUUGGAGAUAUUGGGGUUCAAGAACUCUGUAGUGGACUAAAGAACCCAAACUGUGCACUGGAGACACUCAGCCUGUCAAACUGCAGUAUUACAGAGGAA